GCCAUCUAUCGGUGGUUCCGGUAGUUGAGCAUCCCUCAUUUCGCUAGCUUUAGACGCCUAUAGUAGACUGCAAAUUGCAAAACCUGUCGAGUUGUGUAGUGUGCUGUUUCCGUUCGCCUAAUCUUAAUUGCAGCAUGGAUGUGAUCGAAUUUUUAGAGAGAAAUCAGACAAUGUUGUGGCGCUCGCCAGCGUGUCGACUGGUUACUAUUAUGGAACUUGAAGAUACGAUUCAAAGAUAUGGUACAUUAACCACAAUGAGCAGUCCUGAAAUAGAGAACUAUAUGUUCCAAAGAGCAGGAUCACAGAUUGAAUAUAUGGAGUUACUUGCAAGAUUUGUUUUUCAUAUCGGAGAAUUUACUAAACUGAAAAGACGGGGGAUGGCUGGCUCUGAUGGAGGAGCAGCACAAACACCACUGGAUCCCAUAAAUCUAAUGUUAGAAUGGCCAAGGCGAGAUUACACUUAUUUAAGGCCCAGUAAUUACCUCUGAUUGGACUGCAUCCACAGACUACAGGCACCAUCUCAAACUCCUACCGAUAAUUGUGUCAGCUUGGAGGCCGACUGGCUACUGGCAGGUAACCAUGACUUCUAUAUCUGCCCCAAUGCAGGGGCAGCAGCCAAGCAGCUAGAAUGCAUCCCAUCAGGUUUGAAGCACAAGAUCCCACAAGUAGCAACACCAGUAC